AUUGAUAUCGUAAAGUUUAGCGGCAUAGGACAAACAGCAAUAUAUAUUUAUAUAAUCUGAAAGGGAGGAAGACGAAGACAUGGAUCAAAUCUUGUUAUCGGAUAGGGUAAAAUACCUAUGCUCCUGCGGUUUUCUCAAGCCUGUCUACCUCGUGUAUUUCUGCCGGCAUUGCCUGAAAAUCAGAUGUGGAAACUGCGUUUCUCAUGAGGUGGACUUUAUGUACUGCAGUGGAUGCCUGGAGAUGAUGUCCAACACAGAGGCUGGCCUGAAAAAGAACAGGUGUGCCACAUGCAAGGAGUGUCCCUCAUGUGGACAAACACUGAGCACCCGAGCUACAAGCAUUCAGGCGCCCAGCAUGGAGGACCCGACCAAGAUCGUGGCGCGCAAGGUGUACUACGUGGCCUGUGGCUUCUGUCGCUGGACGUCACGUGACAGCGGCCUGCCCGACCAGAAUGUCGCGUCCGGCACCUGGACGGAGUUUGAGAACCCCGACCGUGAGAGGCUCAACACACUGCUGGACAACUACCGCGCGCUGGCCAUGCUGGAGAAGGUGCAGAAAGAGCAGCGCAAGUACGGCCGGCAGGAUACGAACCGGCGUUUUCUGGAGAGCAAGGGCAAGUUCGGCGUGCUGGCGCGGGCCACGCGCAAACAGGCCGGCCUCCCGCCGUCACGCAGCCUGGCGCUAGCCAAGGAUAUGGACGCCAAGACUAUGCAGGCCCUGGAGGCCGAGCCGGUGGACGAGGCCGAGCCGCUGCCCGAGGAGCUUCUCACCGAGCCGCUUGUGCUGACAUCUGCGACGACGCUCGACCAGCGGCUGGCCUUCCCCGAGUUCCAGACGCCCCGGCACGACCUGCUCCAGCCGCAGCACAAGCACGCCGAGCUUAAGCGCUCCAUGCGCUGCCGCUACUGCGACCACAACCUUAGCAAGCCCGAGUACAGCGCCAUCAGCGUCAAGUUCAGGAUCCAGCUGAACGCCUACUACCACGUGCCGGACGUCAAGAUCCUGUCGGUGGGCGAGCUGGUGCCCGGUCAGGAGACGGAGGCGGUGCUGACGCUCUGCAACCCCACCAGCCACCCGAUGGCGAUCCGUCUGGAGACGUAUCGGGAUCCGACGGAGGAGCUGCGGGAGGAUCCGGACCCGGAACACAAGGAAUCGUCUCUGCUGCGACCGGUCACCCUGAAAAGGGUGGAGCCGAACAUAGUCCAGACGGCGGAGCUGACGCUGCCGGAGGCCGAGAUCGUGCUGGCUCCGCGGGACGACUCCGCCGAGUUUGACGAGGCGCCCACGUCGUCUGAAUUCCGAGACGACCCCAGCGUGGUGUGUGGCGCCAGGCCAACAAGGUAG